CACCCGAAACAAAAAUACAAUAAACAAUUGAAAGAACAUUUCCCCAAUUCUGUCUUAUUUAUCUCCAAAACCCUAAAAUUCCCUCGAACAAAAAUACUUAACCCUAAUUGCGUUGAUCGGAGAAAAGAAACAUAAUGUCGUGGCUGAAAACGGCGGUGAACAAAGCGGUGGAGGUUGGGAACACCAGUAGCAUCACUCGAAACCUAAAAAACUAUGCUGAUACUGUUGUUCAUCAUGCUGGCCAAGCUGUCGCUGAAGGAGCCAAGCUCUUUCAAGAUCGCACUGGGUCUCGCAGUAUCAAGAAUUUAAGGCAAACUGUGAAAAGAUUGGAGGAAGCAGCAAUCUCUUGUAGGAGUCCUGAGAGAGCUAUGCUGCUGAGAAGAUGGUUGGUUGCACUAAAAGAAAUUGAGAAGUUAUCUGAAAUUUCAUCUGAUGGCAGUCAAAAUAGCCUCGAUCAAAUUCUUGCUUCCGAUGAAGCAAAGGAGAACCUGCAGAGGCAAUCAGUUGUUUUGUAUUAUGACUCUGAUAUUGGGGGUGCACCGAUGAAUUUUCUAGAGGUUUUCCUUCGAAGCCAGGCUUUGGAGCUCAUAACAAUAUCUAUGAUUAUUGAAGCUCCAAAUGAGGAAGAGAUUUCUCUGCUCCAACAGAUGCUCCGGCUCUGCCUCACUGGAGGAGAAGAGGUUCACAAUGCUGUAGUCAGCAGUGUACAGGAUCUAGCUGCUGCCUUUUCUAGCUACCAAGAUGAAGUGCUGGUGAAGCGAGAGGAACUGCUUCAGUUUGUUCAAAGUGCCAUAACAGGGUUGAAAAUCAGUGCAGAUCUAUUAAGAAUGGAUAGUGAAGCUUCUGAUUUGAAGAAAAAACUCAGUAAGCUGAGCACACUAGAAGGUAAUGAUAAUGAAGAUGACAAUUCUACUAAAGUAACUAUUGAGGCUCUGAAAGAAGCACUUGCAGAUAUACGAAACUGUUCAACAUUGGAAAAGACUUUGCUGAGAAAGAAGUCUUUUAACAAUGGAGACUCUCCUGAGCUUCACUCUCUUAAGGUUGAUAAGUUGAAGGUCUUAUCAGAAUCUCUUGCCAGCUCUUGUGCAAAAGCUGAGAAACGAAUUUCAGAUCACAGACUUCAGAAGGAGGAGGCGCUAGCUAUUCGUGUGUCUAAAGCAACUGAUGCUGAAGGAAAAGAGAAGGAAAUAGUUGCUGAGAUUCCAGUGCUCGAGAGACAAAGAGAUGAACUUGAAGCAGAGCUGAAAAAGGUUAAUAUCUCGUUGGCUGCUGCUAAUGCACGUCUACGGGAUGUCCGGGAUGAAAGAGAUCAAUUUAGUGAAGCUAACAGUCGGAUUAUUUCCCAUUUGAAAACGAAGGAAGAUGAACUUUCAAAAUCCAUUUCUGUUUGUAGAGUAGAAGCUGAAGUUCUCCAUACAUGGAUUAAUUUCUUAGAAGAUACUUGGGUUAUCCAGUCCACAUAUGCAGAAACUAAGGAAAAGCAAGUCGAUGAGGAAUUGCAGCAACACGAGGAUUAUUUUGUGAACUUGGCCAUUACUCUUCUCUCUGGUUACAAGAAAGAGCUGAGCCCUGCCAUCAGUCGUAUCAGUAAAUUCAUAGAGAACCUGAAGACGUUGAAAGAAAAAUUAGUGAACACAUCUAAACCAAGUGGUGAGGAUUCCGAAGAAUUAAACCCAAGGAAACAUAUUGAGGAAGAAUAUUUGGAUUAUGAAGCCAAGAUUAUAACUACCUUCAGUGUGGUGGAUAGCAUGAAAGAGCAGUUUUAUAAGCAUGAGACACUUUCAAGGAAAGGUGGUCCUAAGGUUAAAGAGCUGUUUAAUGACAUUGAAAAAUUAAGAACAGAAUUCGAAGCUAUUGAAAGGCCAGCUCUGGAAAUAGAGACCCCAAAGUUUGAUACUCCAAAUGAGAAUCUGCAGACAUCUCCGGAAUCAACACGACCUAAACCUGAAGCUACAAAGGAUAAUCCCGAAGCACAGCUGCUGCUAGACCCUGCAGCAGAAUUAGCAAAGCUGGAGUCGGAGUUUGGGAAGGGUAGCCAAGACUACUCAGCCGAUGAGAUAGGUGAUUGGGAGUUUGAUGAACUUGAAAAGGAGCUGAGAUCUGGUGAUACUACGCCAAUCAAAUAGAUCAGGUAAGAUAACCUGUUGGAGUAUUGCUCAAAAUUAUCUGAUGAUAUUAUAGGCAAGCACUUGUGCUAGUAUGACAUGUAUCGGUGUACAUAUAACCUGCCAAAAAAGCUGCAUCUUAGAAUCAAGCUUUUCACUGUUUCCCCUGUAACAUUGGAUGGGUUUAAAUUUGUUCAUUCUCAUGUAAAUACCUGUAAUGCUGGAAUUCAUAGAAAAGCAUGAAUCUGUGUUGGGUUU